AUGUUGGUUCGGUUUUUCAUUGUACUCCAAGCUAUUCACCUAGCCUAUACUGCAAACUCCACAAUAAAUAAGCAGUGUAGAGAUUUAUUACAGUGCUCAAUAACUCAAAAAUGUGUUAAUCUUCCUUGGUUAGUGGAUAAACUGGAUGAGAAGACAAUCACUGCAGAAAUGUACAACGAUAUAGAUGCGGCUACUGACUAUGGUUGUAUCUUCUCGUCUGGAUGUCAAGAGGAGUGUAAUCGUUGCCCAUUAUGUUUUAAUAGUAAGCAGCAAGUUGUGGAAAUAUUGAGUGGGACUCGUUUUAAUGAAACUGAUGAAUGUCACGAUCUGUUAGAUUGUGCUGGGAACUGCGUAGCUAAAUCUGCAGAAGAUUUAACUAUGAUUAACAGAUGUUUAAGGCAUACAUGCGCCUACCAUUGCUUUGACGGGUCGUGUCCAAAAUGCUCUGGAUUUGUUACUCGUAUCUUCAAUCAAAUGUGCGUAUCGGGAAAUUUCAGAAAGUCAGUUAAAGGAUUCGACGGUCAAUGUUUUGAACUUUUCCGUGAGAUCGUUCAUGAGAAAUUUCGUUCCGAGUUCGACAAGACAGGAAAGGCGCCAGCGAUAGGAUGA